CCUAGGUGGCGGCGGAGGACACGUCGAGCCCGGCAUAAGGCUUAGGGGACUUGGAGGUGUCUCGAGUUGAGUUGGUGACAGCUCUGGGUUCGGAGAGGGAGGCUCCCGCGGCGGCGCUCGAUCUUCUUUCCGAGAAUCUUCUGCUUACUCAGCUUUUACUGGAAAAAUGGAUCAUCAUUCCCACCACCACAUGGGGAUGAGCUCCACGGACCAAAAUAGCACUAUGCCACCAUCUCACCAUCACUUAACGACCUCAUCCUCACACCACGGAGGAGGGGAGCAUGGUGACGGACAUAUGAUGAUGCCUAUGGCCUUCUACUUUGGCUAUGAGAAAGUGGAAGUACUGUUCUCUGGUUUGGUGAUCAAUUCAGCUGGAGAAAUGGCUGGUGCUUUUGUGGCAGUGUUUUUACUUGCAAUGUACUAUGAAGGACUCAAGAUAGCCCGAGAGAGGCUGCUUCGCAAAUCUCAGGUCAGCAUCCGCUACAAUUCCAUGCCUGUCCCAGGACCAAAUGGAACCAUCUUGAUGGAGACACACAAAACAGUUGGGCAGCAGAUGCUGAGUUUCCCUCACCUCCUACAGACGGUACUGCACAUCAUCCAGGUCGUCGUCAGCUACUUCCUCAUGCUAAUCUUCAUGACCUACAAUGGGUACCUCUGCAUUGCUGUGGCAGCAGGGGCUGGCACUGGCUACUUUCUCUUCAGUUGGAAGAAGGCAGUGGUCGUGGAUAUCACGGAACAUUGCCAUUAAUGGCAAAUCCCAUGGUGUGGCCUUAUCCAUUGCAGCGGGAAGCAGUACAAGACUGGAAGACAUAUUCCCACUCUCAUGUCUCCUCUUUUGCUCCUUGUCUAAACACACCACACAAUCAGAGCUGUUCAGUAGAGGUUUAGCCUAUGAUCUCUGAGCUAAUGUGAUCGUCUCCUUUACUAUUUUCUAAUGAGCUGAAAUUCCCUGUCUUGAUGAAGACACCAUGAGAUGUCCUUCCCCUUCCCUUUUACAUCGAAGUAUACAUUCUCAUCUAAUCCAGGUAGCUUUCUAGUCAAUGACUUAAUCACCUACUUUCUUUUUUAUUGUUCGUGGUUUUUUUAACAAAUGUGUAAAUUUGUUGGGAUUUUUUCCCCUUAACCAGGAUUGAUCACAACUGUUGGAAAUUCUUGUCCAAUUAAAACCAAAUUUUGUAAUAAAAGAAAAACUCGAGUUUUAGAAAUGGUGAGUGGAAAAUUCACUGUCCUCCCUGAUGAUGAUUGUUGAACUGAAAUCCUCUGGUGUAAAUAGCACAGUUGUGGGGUGCAUGAAAGUAUGUAUUCUUGGCUGGCUGCCUCAUUAACUGUGAUUAGGUUAGAAUAAUUUAGUGGCUAAAAAAGUUGACAAUCAAUUGAGCCAAACGUUUUAAAAUAAAAUAAUUGGUAUUUUA